GUACCUGGUGUGCUCGUUUCCAAAGAAGGCACUGAUCAGCGGGAGUACAUCAGGUUUCUCAAUGGCCUUAAGCUUAACGAUGAGCAUUCUGCCAGCCGCGUGCGAACUGUUCUGGAAGACGUCCUUCUUGAAAUUCCCGUCUUCUUUAUCAACAACACCAGCCCUGCGAACCAGAUGGCGGCACUCAUCCUCACGCAUGCGUCAGUUGUGCGUGGUGAAGAUGUCGAUGUGUGA